GCGGGGCCGGCGGCCGCUCGGCACGCGGCUGGCCUCGAGACUGGGCGGCCCGCGGGUGGGCGAGGGCUCCGCGGGGCCGCGGGCGGCGGCGAGUGCUCGGCUGGCUGGAGGCCUGCGAGCCUGCACGACCCGGCGCCGCUGCCCCUGCCUUCCGCCGUGUCACCCCCGAACCUUGCGCUCUGAGGCGUUCCUUGAUGCUCGCCGACUUCUCAGCAUGGACGGUGGAAAAGUUGGUUCGGGCUGAACAAGCUCGCCGAGAGUCUCUGUGGGGUCCGGCCAGCCCGUUUCCGGCGUCGAGCUGUCGGGGUUGCUCGUCACCCGAGCAGAUUCUGUGACCAUGCUGAGGAGAAAAGUGCCCCUCAGAUGAGCGUGGUCGGCCACCAGUCUCCCGAAGGCGAUGGCAGGGACCAAAACAAGCCGCGUUUGGUUGCUAGCAGCAAACUGAGAAAAGCUGGCUGAGGGCUGCUAGUCGGGAUGGACCCCUAUGGAGACCCGGCAGCGCCCAGCGGCGACUGUCCCCACAGCGGGGGACAGGGGCUCCAGGGCGCGUCUGAUCGGGAGGGUCCGCUGCAGGGCACUUGCGUGGACAGCAGCCACAGUGAACAUGAAGACAGAAGCAGACCUUCUGAAGAACUUAUAAUGGUUGUCCAGGAAAUGAAAAAGUAUUUUCCAGCCGAGAGACACACUAAACCCAGCACCCUAGAUGCCCUUAACUAUGCCCUACGCUGUGUACAUAGCGUGCAAGCAAACCGUGAAUUUUUCCCGAGUCUCAGUCCACAUGGAGCAUCUCAGGAAGAUGUGACUGCGUACAGUCUUGAGGAGCUGGCCUCUCUUGCUUCUGAACAUGCUUCCAAGAACACAGGUACCUUUGUGGCAGUGUUUUCUUUUCUGUCUGGAAGGUUCAUGCACGUUUCUGAACAGGCUGCUUCGAUCCUGAAUUCUGAGAAAGAUUUCUUCAAGUCCUUGCACUUUGCUGACCUGCUUGCACCUCAAGAUGUGAGGGUGUUCUAUGCACACACUGUUCGAAGUCAGCUUCCUUUCUGGAACAACUGGACCCGAAGAGCUUCACGGUAUGAGCAUGCACCAGUGAAAUCCUUCUUCUGCAGAAUCUGUGGAGAUGAAGACAGAGCACAAAAGAAGCAUUACUCUCCAUUCCGGAUCCUCCCCUAUUUGGUUCACGUACACAGCUCUGCCCAGCCAGAACCAGAGCCUUGCUGUCUAGCAUUGGUUGAGAAGAUUCACUCUGGUUAUGAAGCUCCUCGAAUCCCUGUAGAUAAAAGAAUUUUUACCACAACACACACCCCAGGAUGUGUGUUUCUUGAAGUAGAUGAAAGGGCAGUGCCUUUGCUGGGUUACCUACCUCAGGAUCUGAUUGGAACAUCGAUCUUAACAUAUUUGCACCCAGAAGAUCGGCCUCUGAUGAUUGCCAUACACCAAAAAGUUUUAAAGUAUGUGGGCCAUCCUCCAUUUGAACACUUGCCCAUCAGAUUCUGCACUCAGAAUGGAGAUUAUGUCAUUCUGGAUUCCAGCUGGUCCAGCUUUGUGAACCCCUGGAGCCGGAAGGUUUCUUUCAUCAUUGGCCGACAUAAAGUUCGAACGAGCCCAUUAAAUGAGGAUGUUUUUGCUACCAGAAUAAAAAAGGCAACCAAUAACAACAAAGACAUAACAGAAUUACAAGAACAAAUUCACAAACUUCUUUUGCAGCCGAUUCAUGCCAGUGCUUCUAGUGGUUACGGGAGCCUGGGCAGCAGCGGCUCACAGGAGCAGCACAUCAGCAUCACCUCUUCCAGUGAGGCAAGUGGACCCUGUGUGGAGGAAGCGCAGAAGGAGCAGAUGACCUUGCAGCAGGUCUAUGCCAGUGUAAACAAAAUUAAGAAUGUGGGUCAACAGCUCUACAUUGAGUCAAUGGCCAGAUCAGUCAAACCAGUGAUGGACACGUGCAUGGAGCUGCAGGGUGGUGAUGAGCAGAAGGACUUUUCUUCCUCUCAGACACUGAAAAAUAAAAGCAUGUGUACUGGCUCUUGUGAGGACCUGAGGCUAGAGCAGCAUAGUUCAUCCUAUCAGCAGAUGAACUGUAUCGACAGUGUCAUCAGGUACCUGACGAGCUACAGUCUCCCAGCCUUGAAAAGAAAGUGCAUAUCCUGCACAAAUACGUCUUCAUCCUCAGAAGAAGCCAAGCCAAACCAUGAGGUGGACUGUAGCAUGGUGCUGCGAGAUACUGAACAGAUGCUGAACAUACCUAAACCAGAAACGCCAACAACUGGACCAUCCACAGACGCUGAGGGAGGUGUCUCGUGGACCCUGUCCACUGCUGCACUGAGCAUGGGGUCUGGCAUAAGCUGCAGCAGCACCCCUGGCCAUGUCCCGCACUCAGCAGAGGGUGUUGCCUUAGUGUGUAAGCCAUGGACCCUGAAAACACAGCCAUCUCCCUUGACUGCAGAAGAAUUUAAGCAUGUGGGGCUCACAGCAGCUGUCCUCUCUGCACACACGCAGAAGGAAGAACAGAACUAUGUCGACAGCUUCCGGGAAAAAAUCCUGACCUCACCCUACAGCUGCUAUCUUCAGCCAGAAGGCCGAAACAAUGCCACAUUCUCCUGUGUUCAGGGCUCUCCUUCUGAGCAGGCCAGAUGUGCUGGAAGUGAGAGACAGAAGCACAAGCGGAAGAAGUUGCCAGGGCCUUUGGACACCAGCAGCCCCACGGCUGACUUCUGUUCCCAUGUCAGAGGACUCCUUCCGGAUGUACAGCCCUGGAUCCCUCCUAUUGUCCCCUCUCCUCAUGCUGCAAGCCUAGCUUUCCCUCUGGUAGCUCCUAGCCAGGCCCCUUAUCUCCUUUCAUCUCUUCCCCUCCAAGAUGUGGCCUCUCUGGGAGUAGGGGACUCUGCAGGCUGGGGAGCUGCAGCUGAAUGUCCACCUCUGUCCGCUGGACAGCAGUCUGUUUCAGCUCUCCCUUCUGCUUACUUGGAUACGUUCAUGACCAUCUUCCUGCACAACUCCCCCAUCUUUCCUCUGUGGUCACCGCCGUUCUCCCCAAACCCAUUCCUGGGGGCUGCAGGUUCUUCUGAAAUGACACCCGUAGAGCCAGCAAUGGCUCCAAACCUGGAACCAGCUUCUUCAGACCAUGGCCGCAAGAGAACGGAGGAGAACUGGGAGACACAUGGUGAAGAGCAUCCAUUUAUUAGUUCAAGGAGCAGUUCACCAUUACAGUUAAAUUUACUCCAGGAAGAAAUGCCUGCACCAUCAUCUGAAUCUCCAGAUCCAGUGAGAAGAGGUGUUGGCCCAGAGGCUGAGUGUCACUGUAAUGCAGGUGACAGUGGCAGUAGGAGCAGUCACUGUGCCACCGGGGAACUGGCCACCGAAUCAGUACAUCAGGAGUCUCUGUCUGCAGCUGCCUCAGGGAGCAGUAAUGGCAGUAUGUACUUGAGUAGCAGCGACUAUUGUGAAAUUUCUGAAAAUGGACAGAGGUCCCAGGACAGACAGAGGAAUGAAGCCUUUCCCGGGGUGACUGAAGAGUCCAUCUGGAGAAUGAUAGAACAGACGCCAGAGAGUGUUCUCAUGACAUACCAGGUGCCCAGCAGGGGAGAAGAGGUGCUGAGAGAAGACCUGGAAAAGCUCAGCAGCAUGGAGCAGCAGCAGCCCAGGUUCUCCCCUGCACAGGAGGAGGAGCUGGCCAAGGUGCUGUCCUGGAGCCACAGCCACACUGCCCCUCAAGAAGGCGCCUCCAAAGGUCUCCAUGCCGACAAGAGGCCGGAAUGGCACUGCCUUUUGUUUGCCCUGGAACGGGGUAAGUGUUUGGGGCCUGCGGACUGAGAAACUGCCCUUCAGAGACCUCAGUGACCCCAGCCUUCGGGGACUGUAGUUCUGUCCGUUUGUCCACUCACUACCCGGUGCUCUAGACUAGAGAUGCCUGAGACUCAACUUCAGAUGACUGUGGGAUCCACAGCACGCAGAGCCCAGCAAGUCACAGCAGGGAAGGAAGUCUGCAGCAGCCUCAUGAGUGUUACAUACAGCAGGCUAACAGAGUGUUUUUCUGUUGCUUUGUUUGGCUUUAGGGACACUUUUCUCGGUCCGUUCAUAGCUGUUGAUAAAUGUACUGUCAUUAGGACAGUUAGGAGAAGGUGGUGACGACUGCUGGCCCUGUGCUCCAGCUCUGUGGCUUCGACUUCUUCUCUAAAAGAAUGGUUUUCUGGAUGGCAGGCCGAUUGGAAGGUGUCAGAAGCAUUCUCAAAUGCUGCCUAUGAGACGCUUAGCAUUUUCUGGUAUUAUGCACUUCCACAUAAAUGUUUCUGCUGUGUGAAUAGAGACUUCUCAUAGUCUACUCCACCCUGGUAGUUAUAUGAUGUCAGAGGCCUGCGUGGGUCAGGCUGGCCUUCUCCAGUGAAGGGUUAUGGUAUUGGCUCUACCAGGAUCAUUCUGCAUGGACACAUACAUCAGGCCUGAUAUGCUCUGGUGAGAUGGGCCCUUUCCUGUUGGUUCUGGGUACUUGUUUCCUUAUUUCUCUGCCUUAGUCACAUCUUACGGGGUAUGUAUUAUCCAGGCUUGAUUUGAAACUGGUGCUGUAAAGUCAGGCUGUAAAGCCCCUAACCAAGUCUCCCUCUGCUGGGGAUGCCAUCAAUGCACUCAGUGUCCCUGCUGCUCGGGCAGGUCCAGCAGAGAUUGCUACCCCCCAUGGGGGCCAGACCCAGUAGAAACUGUUGUUCAAGCUUACUAACUUUUGUAUUAAUGACUAUAGAAUUGGUAACAAAAGUAUGUAUUGUAGACUUCAAUGUUUACAUAACUCUUUCCCCAAAGCUUUUUUUUUCUUGGGUCACAGGUCAAAAUUUAAGGAAACAAGAUGUUGUGUGAAUGAAUUAAAUGAAAUAUCAUUAUAAUUCAUAAAGUGGUAAAUUUUAAUCAAAUUGCAAUUUGUUUGUAACUAAUUGCGAAUUUGCUUGUUCUUAAUGGUUAUUAAUCUUUUCAUUGGAUAUCUUUUUUGAGUAAAAACAAUAAACAAUGUAUGCGUAAAAGUGGAGAAUACUCUUCAUUGCAUAAGCAAGCCAUGAGCAUGUGUGGUGUCAGCCAGAGCUGCUUCCUGUGAUCCCCUGGGGGUCUUGGUGUUAGCUCAGCAUCAACUCUCACAACAGGUUUUGCCACGUGUCUCCAUUCCUGCCCUGGAAGAAAGGCAUUUUCCAGUGUCUUGGUCCUCAUUUGAGCCCUGAGAAGAAUUCCCUGGGUCCUAGAUGUUUGUAUGUGUAUACACGUGUAUAAUGCUAUUAAUUUAUGCCAAUUUAAUAAAAUUAUCCAAAUAAUUCCUGAA